AUGGCUUCUGAUGUUCCACCAUAUAACUUUGUGUUUGUUACACCUGAAACUGUUGUAUUAGAUGACAUGAAAAGUUUAUUAUCAAGCAUGAAAGGAAAGGACACUUUCGUAUGAAAGUCAUUGUGUUGAUAUGUGGUGACUAGGUUUCAGGCCAGCAUAUGCUGAACUUGGAGCUCUUUCAAGCUUAUCUUGUCCCAUUGUUGCACUAACAGCCACUUGCACGUCAAGGACUGAGAAGGUCAUCACUUCAUCAUUGGGACUUACAAAUUCCAACUAUUGUUGGGCAAACAUGUAAUCAGAAAAACAUUUCGUUAGUUGUUAAGAGGAAAAAAGGUGAUGGGAAAGAGCAAGUGGUUGAUGAAAUUUUGUCAAAUCACAAACACAACUGUGGUAUUGUGUACUCUGCAAAGAGCCAACACAACUGAUAUGGCCUACCUUUUGCAAACCAAAGGGAUUAAUACAACAUACUACCAUGGUGAACUUGAUCCAUAAAAGAAGAAUGAAAAUUUUCAGUCAUGGCUGAAUGGGAAAGCUCUUGUCACGUGUGCCACAGUUGUAUUCGGGAUGGGCAUUGACAAACCUGAUGUCCAGCUUGUCAUUCAUUUAAGUUUACCACCAUCUCUCGAAUGUUAUGCCCAAGAAUUUGGGCGUGCUGGCAGGGAUGGAAAAGAAGCAUCUUCAAUCGUGUUUUCCUGCUUUGAAGAUCGAACACGACAUCUGAAAAUUAUCAGUGAGUUAACAGAUGGUGAUCACGAUCAUUGA